AUUCAUAAUAUAUUAUGCUACAACAGAAACUUUGUUAGGGCCUGACAAUGCAGUCAGAAUCAACUCUUUCUGGUUUGCCAAAAAUUCCAGGCGUUGUUGACAAUCUGCCUGACCCAAGGAUUCGGGAACGAAACCGAGUCUACAAUGAUCCAAUCGUAGACGUUCCAAUCAUUGAAAAUAAAAGCAAGUUUAACUUUUUACCCAUGUUUUACUCGGCCUUGUAUUAUCCUAUGUUUAAACCAAUCGAAUACUUUCAAAAAUUUGCCGACAGCAUUCGUGUGACGAAGCCGCGACGAUAUUAUCAUCAUAAAUAUCCUCGUGUGCCAAACAUAUGGGAAUGCUCAGUGGAAGAUUAUGUUUGUGUGUACGAGGCAGAGGCUCAGUUCAGAAGGGACCAGAAGGUGGACCAAGAAAUAAUUGAAGUCAUUAAACGACGACUGACAGCGUGCCAGAUCCAAAACCAGAAUGUUGACAUGGAGAAGUGCAAGGAGAUCAAAAUGAUGGAGCAGCAAGCCACACAUGCGUGGCAGGUGAAGUACGGUGACAUUGGUAGCGCCCUGACUGCACGAAAAGUCCUACAGAAGCAGAAGAAUCGUUAUAUUGAAGAUAGAUACCUGGCAAGGGUUGCCGGAUCCAGUUAAAUAUUUGGACUUUAUUUUGUUGAACAUUUAAGUGAUAUAUGAAAUACUGGUGUUUAUCAUUAUGACAACCAAGCCAAAUUGUUCCAUAGUUUCUUUACAUGCUGUGGUAGUUUGUGUCAAAUAAUAAUUUAUCUCAUAUUUUGUGUGUUGUUUAUGGUUAGA